CCGACCUCUCUUCGGCCCAUUCUCGUGCGGCCUCCUCGGGUCUCUCGUCGUCCCGACUAAUCCCCCGUUCCUCUCGUUUUGGGGCGGCGAAACCAAUCCCGAGGGUUUUCGCCUUUCCUGUCCAUAUGGAUUCGAAUCCCUCCGAGGGCGAGGCCGGACGCGGCAGCCUCGACCUCAAUUGCGUCGCGAUCGCCAGCGAGCAGACGGAGACCCUAACCGAUGCAGUGGAUUUGGGUUCGGACGCGUUGAGAGUCGAAUGCGUGUCGGACGGUGGGGCGAUGGAAGAUGCAGCGGUGGUAGGCGAUGCAGACGUUAUUGGACAGCAAUUGAAUGCGGUGGAUGCAGAUCGCGGAGAAUCGAUCGAAGUUGUUGGAGGAGGGUUAAUUGAUGCUGGCAGUGUGAAGGUCGUCACCGAGGCUGGCACACCUGGUGGGGAAACUAAUAUUGUCGAUAAGAAGGGCGCAGAAGGUAAAGGAGAUGGUGCUAUGGCUGAUGUGGAUGAGGUGAAGGUUGAUGUGGAAGCUGGAAUUCGGCAUGCAGACGCUGUUGUAGCUGAUGUAAAGCUGGUGGAUAAUAUUGUCGUUACGGAUGUUGGCAUGGAGAUGAGCAGUCCUGGAGACGAAGAUGUGAAGGUCGGUGAAGAAGAGAUGGCGGCAAGUAAGAAGAGGGGAAGGCCUCAGAAAUCAAUAGAUAAAGGAGAUGCUAUUAGUCCGGUGGUUGAUCUCAAUGUUAGUGCAGUGACAGGAAGCUGUGGGGAUCAAGAUGUGCCACUCAGUGACCAGAAAUCCAAGGCAAGGAGAAAGAGAGGAAGGCCUCGGCCUUCCAUUGUCGAACUUAUUGAACAUGCUGGUUGCCUCUUUCCCUUCCAAGAUGAGAAGAAGGCUGCGUUUGCCGGUUCUGAUUUGGUGUGGGGUAAAGUGAGGAGCCAUCCUUGGUGUCCUGGUCAGAUUUUUUAUCCUUGUGAUGCAUCCAAAAUGGCGUCGAACAUUCAGAAGAAAGAUCAUCAUCUGGUUGCAUUUUUUGGAGACAAGACAUUUGCUUGGUGUGAUGAGUCACGAUUGAAGCAUUUUGGGACAUACUUUUCACAAUUGGAGAAUCAGAGCAGUUCGAAUGCAUUUGUAACUGCUGUGAGUGCUGCACUUCAAGAGGUAUCAAGGCGUGUCGAGAUGGGAAUGACAUGCCAUUGUUUUAUGGAUGAAAUUUAUGCUAGCCUCGAGGAUCAAAAGAUUGAGAAUGCUGGGAUUCAGGAAGGAACAUGUGGCUCCACUGUUGACAGGUGUUGUAUUGCAACCUCUUUUGAGCCUCUUAGACUUGUUGACUAUAUCCAAACAUUAGCACAGUUCCCACAUGGUGGGGUUGAUAAAUUGGAGUUUGUGGUAGUCAAGUCUCAGUUGAAGGCCUUUUAUCACUCAAUGGGAUAUGCUGAGCUUCCUGUAUUUGUUCUUGUUGAAGAACUGGAGAACGAUAUCGAGGGCUCACCUUCCAUGGAAAGGAUAUCUGGUGAAGACAUCGGUGAUCCCUCAACUCCAACUUCUUCAGAUGCUGUUUCGGGCAAAAGAAAAUCAAGAGUUAGAGGAAGUUCACAUGGAAAGGAGAAACACAUCUUUGAGCAUGGUAGGAAAAAGAAAAGCUUAUCUGAGCUCUUGGAAAAGAACAAUGAUCAUCAUGAUGUGGAUAAGAACACUAGAUAUGGAGGAAAUGCUUCUUCACACAAAAAUGAUAAGGGUGCCAAUUUUGAUCCCGCUGAUUCAGGGAAGGGCAAGAAGAAAAAGCUUGACGCUUUAGUGGGUCUGGGAACUAAGUCACAGACUUCCAGACAUGGAAAACAGUUGAAGGUUGGAGAAUGCAUGCAUCAAGUGGCAGGACAGAUGACAGGGUCACCCCCCAUGCUUAAGUCUAAUGGUAAUGCAUUAACAAAAAGCUCAACUAAAGCAAGUGGUAGAAAAGAUGAUUUUGGUGAUGCUUCUAAACAAAAAAAGACUCGAAGAGGAAUCAAAAGUGUCCCAAGGGACUAUUCCUCUUCAGGCGAGAUGCUUGCCAAGCUCUCUGUAGCCGCAUGCGAUCCGACUGAGGAGUACAAUUCUCUACCUGUAAUGUUCAGUUUCUUCACUGAGUUUAGAAGCCGAGUCUUUUGUAGUUCAGGUAAGAGGGGCACAAGAAAAUCCACAGAUAUCAAGUCAGCCUCUUUGGAAACGGUAUCCGACCAUGUACAGGAAUCACAUUGGUCUGAUGUCGUCGUUACUGAAGGGGAAGAAGUGGUAUCAACCGAGCAAAAAAGAGAAGUUGAAUUACAGGGGAAGCUGCAAUAGAAGUAGCAGCCUGUAGAUGAAUUGGCACCUCACCUUGCCUUGAAUUCUAUAUCAGAAGAGGGACAGCAUUUACAGGAUGACUCUGCAAAUCCUAAUUACAUGCACAUAGCAGAUAGUGAAAAACCGAAUGGACAGAUUUUAGAUGGCACAAAUCCUAAUAACGUGUAAUAACUGGAAGGUAGAAGUUAAUGAGUGCAUGUCGACUGUGUUGGCUUUGACAUUUAGUGGGUCAGAUGAUGUUCCUACCGAAGCUGAUUUCAACAAGGCUUUUGGGUAAUUUGGAUCUCUUAGGGAAGCAGAAACGGAAGUAAUAAAGUUUGAAAAAUCAUUCCAAUUUGUCUUCAAGAGGCUCAGUGAUGCAGAAGUUGCUUUACGUAGUGCAGGAAAAUAUAACAUCUUUGGAACCACCCUUGUUAGCUUCAAGCUUAAGAUUGAGUUGGAAUCAAAAGCUUUUCGAAGUAGCACCAUUCAGCGACUGCAAAUAAGAUGUAUUCCCUGUUGAAACUCAACCUAACGCAAAUAUCUUAGGUCAUGGCAUCACAUUCCUUACCUAUGUUUCCAUUGUCGCGUAUGCUGUGGUAUCAGUGAAGGAGACAAUGGAGCAAGUCUCUGAUAACAUGCACAUUGAAGCAUAUGGAUUACCCCUGAUUAGUUGGUUAGGCAGAGUCAUUCUUUCUAAUAGAAUACUUUUUUUUAAUAUUUUAGUCCUUUUGAGGGGUCAUACUGUCCUACUUGUUCUGUGGAAUUUAUAGGCUCAGAGUUAUACAAAUGCAUUAACGAUAUAUUCAUCAUGAAAUUUGUCAUGACUAAGUUCUGAAGUGACAUUUCCUUCUCUUGAAUAGCUGUUUCAUUUAGGGAAGAUAUGUGUAAUUUAGAAACUAAAGUCUGAUGGAAGCUGUAGCAACUGAGAGCUCAUUUUCAUUUGGAUAGAUAUAUGAAUAUUGCUGUGUUUCCGU